AUGGCUGGACCUUCUGGGAGAGAUGAACGACAAACCCAUAAUUCCACUUGGGUUAAUUUCCCUUCCCUGCAAGACAGCGGAGACAAAAAAAGCAAGAUUUGGGUUUCCAUCAGCGAGUGGCCGGGGAAGCAACGUGUCGGAUCGGUGGUCUACGUAGCGUUGGGCAGCGAGUCUCCGCUAAGCCAGGAGGAACUCACUGAGCUAGCCCUGGGUUUGCAACUCUUUGGGCUGCCUUUCUUGUGGGCACUCAGGAAGCCGCCGAGAUCGGGCAAGUCCGACUCGGUAGAGCUGCCGGAGGGAUUCGAGGAGCGGACCAAGGGCAGGGGAGCAGUAGCUUUUGAUGACAAGGUUGGGCUGGAGAAACGAAGAGACGACGAAGAUGGAUCGUUCAGGCGGGAAGUGGUGGUAGAGACUUUGAAGCAGGUGAUUGUUGAAGAGGAAGGAAAGACUUACAGGGAUAAGGCGGAAGAGAUGAAGGCGAUAUUCGGAGAUAAGGAGAGGCAAGACAAGUAA